AUGACCAGCAUGGACAACAAGGACGACAAGUAUACCACCGAACAUAUCGAGCUGGACCAGCAGGGCGGGAACACGCAUAAACACGAUACGCUUCACGUCAACUUCAGCAAAGAUGAUACGAUUACCGGUGAUGAAUCGCUCGGCCUCUGGGCCACUGCGCUCAAGUAUAAGAUGGCCACGGCAAUUUGCUUCGCGAUGACCGUCGCAGCUGCAGCUGAUGGGUAUCAAAUCGGGAUCGUCGGGAACAUUAUCGCCAACGAGGGCUUUGUCAGGCAAUUUGGAACGCAGCGGAAUGCGCAAGGAGAGCCGAUCCUAGCGGCUGCGGUCUUGAGCGGGUGGAACAGUAUUCAAUCGGUCGGCCAGAUCAUUGGGAUGACCACGACACCGUUCUUCGCGGAACGGUUCGGACGUAAACCCACCUUGUUCUACUUUUUAGGGCUGUUGGCGAUCAGUAUCCUGGUCGAGAGCGUCGCGAAUAAAUGGCAAGUAUGGCUUGUUGCCAAGUUGUUCACCGGAGCCGGUGUUGGGUCAUUACAGUUCAUGACCCCGACCUAUGUGACGGAAAUCGCGCCGGUCAAGAUUAGAGGAAGUCUCCUGAUGACCUACAACUUUUGGUUCGGAUUCGGACAAUUCGCUGCGACUUUGGCUCUACAACGGAUGAACGCUACGGAUCCUACCAAUUUCAGGUUGCCUAUCUAUACUCAGUGGUCACAGAUCGGGAUCAUGUUCAUCAUCUACCUCUUCGUCCCUGAAUCCCCCGUUUGGGCCGUCAAACGAGGCAACGAGACUCUAGCUAGGAAAUGCUUGAGGCGGAUCAACCGCGGAGUGAUCAACUUUGACGAGACCAGAGCUUAUUUGGCUUUCCAGGUCAAUCUAGCUCACGAAAAAGCCGAGGCAGAGAGGGUUGGGCGAGUUAGGUGGUACGCGAUCUUCCAGGGGAGGAAUGGUUGGAGGACGCUCGUCAGCGCGUGGCCUUUGAUCUCUCAACAAUUCUUGGGUCUGAGCUUGUUUUACUCUUACGUCUCAUACUUCUUCUCCAUUGUCGGUUUUGCUGACCCUUUCAGGGUGACCUGCAUAACAAGCGGGAUCGGUAUGGCCUGUGGAGUCGCAGCUGCCUUUUUGGCGGAACGGGUCGGACGUCGCUACCUUCACAAUAUCGGAGCCACAUGCAUGUUGACGUGCUGUAUCGUCGUCGGAAUAAUCUCGGUCGUCCCUCAAAACGGGGCUAGUAACACGCUCCUCGUCGCUUUUACUUGCUUGUGGGUACCUGGAUCGACCCUACAAGCAGCGACAGCAUGGGUCUACUGCGGCGAGAUCUCGUCUGCUCGACUCCGUCCCUACACCGCCGGAUUUGCAGCCGCCACCUCUUGCGUCAUUGGGAUCGUCGUUGGCGUGCUCGUCCCUUACAUGUUGAACGAGACCGAAUGGAACUUGGGCACAAAAACGGCCUGGUUUUACGCUGGGUUGGGAGCGCCUUGCGUUGUGCUCGCUUGGUUUAUCAUGCCUGAGACCGCUGGACGAACCCCGGCGGAACUCGACGAACUGUUCGAAAGACGUAUCAAGGCCUGGAGGUUUGCCAAAACCCAAACCGCCGUCCAAAGAGCUAUUGCUGCGGGUGGCCAGCCCGACGCGCUACGAGAGGAAUCCGGCUAA